AUGGUUGCUGUUGUUUGUGACUUUCCAGAUACACUUGGUCAUGGUGCAUAUUUUGCUGAUAAUCCACAAAAAUCACAUGGUUAUGCAAGACCUGAUAUAAAUGAUGGAACACAUGCUAUGUUUUAUGCCAAAGUUCUCUCAGGCAUUCCUUCAGUACUAAAUCAUGAUAAUCCUAAAUUGACUUCAGCACCUAUUGGAUUUCAUUCUGUUCAAGGAACAGGGGGACAAUAUCCAGGCAGAGAUAAGAAUGGUAAAAUGAUAUUAAAAUGCCUUCAAAUCGUAAUAAAAAUAAUGGGGUAA